AUGGACACUCGCUUUGGAGACCCUUCAAUAUCCGCGCCCACUCAGGGAUCGUGGAAUGAGAUGCCCUACUUACGACCCGGAAUGGCAGAUUUUGCAACACUUCCAAAUCGAGUCAGCCGAAUCAAGACUUGUCUUCGGCCAGAUGUUGUCGAAUCAUCUGAAUUUUCUGGUGGUACAGACAACAUCAAUUUUCCGCGCCACCCGCUGGUAGAUAUGCAAACUCGAAAGCGGUCUAUCUCAGUUGAUAGAACCAAGAAGCAAAACGAUAGGCAAAGAAGCCUCAGCAGAACACGUCAAAGCCCAAGCCCUAAAGCACGACAUCGAGCGUCAUGCGAGUCGCCGUCGUGCUCCGAGAGGGACGAGGAAGAACGGCAGGAAGCUGUUCAUAGUAAAACGAAAACUGAACCACAAUAUGCCAAUCGAAAUGGUUCCCGGGAGGAUUGUUGGAGAGCACAAAGUAGGGGCACUAAACGGGAUAGUCAACAGUCCUCUAUUCAACACAAAUCCCCUCCGCUUUCUGCAACAGCAGUGAUGCGUCGGUACAGCUCUCAAAGCGAGUCCACCCGUACAUAUUCCUCUACUCCUUCGACGGCUACUUUUAGAUCCAGCAUUACGACUCCCGGACUGCAUGGUUUCUCCGCGUCUUCCAUCCCUCCCUUACUCAGAGAAGAAGGGUAUGCAGCAAUGUUUGAUAAAGAUGCGCCUCCUGUCCCACCAAUCCCGAAAGAUAGGAAUGGUUCUAUGUCUACCUCGUCGUCUCCCCAUUCAGCUUCCCGCAGUGUUUUCCGUGAGCAACAUCGUACGGGAAAUUCCAAUAAUAAGCGACACAUACGUCCUGUUGGGCCACAAGAAAUGGUACCAUCCAACGAUGAGUUAUGGGGGCUUUUUGCGUUUCUGGGUGGGCCUUUCCCUUACGACAUGACUUUCCUGCCUUUCCUCUACUCUAAACUUGUCAUCAACGACAGCUAG